AUGCCAUUUAUACCACCUGUGUCGAUUGCACGAUCUGUGUCAGGACUGACCGGGAAGGAGAGACCAAUCACCAACAGCUCAUCUACAUCUACUUUGACUAAGGUCCCAAGAGGCGACAAAGGCAGCUCAGUGAAGGAGCGACUGACUUCGAACCUGAAGCAGCUGGGGAAAAAGAGCCAACCCAGGAGUCAUCUGCCAACCGCCAAAGGUGUGUCAGGGGCAGAGCUGCAUGCAAAGAGAAGGGAAAGACUGCUGCCUUCAUCACAAACAGGCAGUUUUCCUGCCUCCAGCUCAGGUGAGUCCCUGUCUAAAACACAGCAGCACAAACUUGCGAGCCAGAGCUCUGUGAAGAGUGAACCAGAGGUGAAGACAAGGGCCAGGCAUCAGGAUGAGGUCCGUUUCACGCUGACUCUCACACCUGAGGCUGUUCUGCUGCUGCAGCGAAGGAACAGUGAGAGACGUCAACACUCAGCGUCCAGAAAUGCUGGAAGUGGAGCUUCUGGAAACGCUUCUGAUUCCAGGCGCAGGAGGGAAAACGUCUCUAAAAGGCAUCAACCAGCAACACAGAGACACAGCACUCCAAGCAGCAGGGUCCCGGCUAAAAACAACAGUGAUGCUGAACUGGGAGACAUAAGCUCGAUUGUGAAAAUCUCACUUCUGAACGAGCAGCAUAAGUAUGAUGAUGUGGAGUAUGAGGAAGAGGAGGACCAUGGUGUGGAUGAGCGUGUGGUGCUGAAAUGUACAGAGUGGCUGCGCGGGUUGGAGAACACACCAGUUACAGUGGGACACAGCCUGAGUAAGAGUGCAAGCGGUGUGAAAAGUUUCUAA